AUGCCACAUCAUCAAGAUCAUCAACUUUCUUUCUCUGACACUGGCAGUAGCGAGGGGACAACAACCAUUCAGACCGGCUCAUCAGCUCAAGCAGGAGAAGAAGAAGCAUCAUCAUCAUCAUCAACAACAACAGCAUCUUCAUCUCACUUGAUAUCGCUCGCUGAUCUCAGCUCUCACCAUUCCAAGGGAAAAACAGGUGAAACGACGCAUCGAAGACGUAGUAGAGCAAGAGACAAAGUCCCCGAUCCAUACGAGGAAUAUUUCACCCAACAAUCAAAAUUGUUCAGACAUCUAGAAAAAAGAUAUAUCAAAUUUCAAAAGACAUCAAAGGAGGAACAAGCUCGAGCUAGGAAAAACAGAUCAGCCAAGAACAACAACAAUAAUACUGUACCCGCUGUUAGAAACGUGAGACAGAAGGAAAAGCAAUCGGUCACUAGCAAUAAAAGAAACUCGAAAAUCGACAACAAAAGUGCGAAUACUCUGGUAACCGCAUCAACAUCCAAAGAUCCAAACACAAACACAGAUACAGGAAACAUGAUUGGAUCUAGCUUAGCUGUUGUCAGAUCCACGGUUGGUCGGGGAGUUUCACAAAUCGCUCGUCCAGCAAUAAGUAUCACUGCAGCGACGUCACCUGCUUCUUCCGCAUCGUUCUCGUCUACCGCUUCCACUUCAAUCCGUAGUCAAAAACUGAAGACAAAAAAGAAGAAGAAUGCAGUAAAUCCUGAUGCUAUGACUGCAACCGAAGCUGCUCGAGUUUUACGAGCUCUUGAGAUCGCCAACCCUACAUCAUCUUAUUCCUUAACGUUAUCCACUAAAUCUACCAAAUCAUCAUUACCCAUUCGAGGUCAUUUUCAACUCCCCCUUGAUCCCCGAAGGUCAUCUGAGACUAUCCUCGUAUUCGCCGAGCCAAAUUCGCCUUCGUCCAACUUGGCCAAAGCGGCAGGAGCAGCAUAUGUAGGCGGAGAUGAACUGUUCGAGUCUGUUUUAUCGGGCAAAAUAUCUCCUACGAGAUGUUUGGCUACGCCAGGAAUGAUGCCUCAAGUCACUCGAAAUCUAGCGAGGUAUCUUGGCCCAAAAGGUCUGAUGCCAGUCGCUAAACGAGGCUUAGUCGGUGAAGGUGAAGAAUUAGCAGAAAAGAUCAGGGAUGCCGCUGGAAGGAUGGAAUACAGAGCGGAUAAAGAAGGUCUGGUUCGAAUUCCUGUCGCACGAAUGGACUUCGAAAUCCCAUCAAUCGAAAACAAUAUCAGGUCGUUCAUCCAAUCAGUACGAGACGACCAAUCGGCUGGAAAUACAGAUGACGCCCUGACAGCGGCUGCCAAGAAGAAGAAGAAGGGUUCCUCCAUCACCGCUGUCAAACUGGAAACUACUAACGGACCUAGCAUUGAGAUCAGUGACGUGCUAUAG